AGUAUGUCCUAAGAAACUGGAACUAUCUCACAGCAGAGACAGAGCCCAGAAGUGAGCCUGCCUGGGGGAACAGCCAAAAAGAACAUCCAGGCCUGGAAGACAAGCUGAGGGGUGGAUAGAACUGUGUGGGGAGGAGUCUGGUGCUGACUGGUGAAUUCAGAAGCAGGAAAGAGGGACAGAGUGGAUUUUACAACCAGAAUAAAGCUGGGAAAUGCCCCCGUGAAUGGAGCCAAAGAAAGGUAUGAUAUCUGGAGAAAAGAAUUGGGAGCAAAGGGAGAGGUUUGCACCGUCAAGAAGGAGAAAGGAGAUUAAAAGAUGAAAUCGUCUUUAAUUCGCUGGAGAUUAUAAGCAGAGUUGAGAAGCUCAGAGCAGGAGCCAGAAAGGGGAGUGGCAAGAGCAGGUCUAAGAUGGAUGUUUGCUCUGAGCUCCAGUCACUCUGGACGCAGUCCCUUGGAAGCAAACUAUCCUUCUGUGGUCUCUGCAUGUGACAGAGAAGGAAGAUGGCCUCUAUGCUCUCAGCUAUAUUAGUAAAUUCCUCAGGAGUUUACAUCAACUGGGAGAAUCUGUAUCCUUAAAAUUAAAACAUUUAAAUCAUGAGUAUAAGAGUCCAAGCUUUGGAUCAAGAAAUCACCUCCAUCUUGGUUGGAGUUUGGGGUAUGGUGUGUAUUUGAAGAUUCAAACUCCACGUGGUCUUCAGGAGCUCAAACACUCUCACACAGAACAGAAAGGAAGUCUCCAAAACGAAUGUGAAAUUGACAAAUCACCGCACUGCUUCAGGACCCCAGCCCAUGGAAUGCUGUGAUCAACAUUCAGAGUCGAUCAUCCUACAUCAAUUACCCUAAUCUAGGAAAUCCCACAGAGCCAGGACCAAAGGGACCACUUUCCACUGGGUGUCCCAGUGCCUAUCACACUUUAGUAGGACUUGAGGACAAAUCGUGUCUUGUUCUUGGAAGAAGCAUCCUGGCUAAGUGGCUGAGCCAAACCAGCAAUGUCUUCGCCUGCACAACCUGCAGUCCCUGCCCCACUGGCCGACUUGAAGAUUCAACAUACCAAGAUCUUCAUAAACAAUGAAUGGCACAAUUCAGUGAGCGGCAAGAAAUUUCCAGUUCUUAACCCUGCAACUGAGGAGGUCAUCUGCCACGUGGAAGAAGGGGACAAGGCUGAUGUUGACAAAGCUGUGAAGGCUGCAAGACAGGCUUUCCAGAUUGGCUCUCCAUGGCGCACCAUGGAUGCUUCAGAGAGGGGCCGCCUGCUGAACAAGCUGGCUGACUUAAUGGAGAGAGAUCGUCUGCUGCUGGCUACAAUGGAGGCACUCAAUGGUGGGAAAGUCUUUGCCAAUGCAUACUUGUCGGAUUUAGGAGGCUGCAUAAAAGCAUUAAAGUACUGUGCAGGCUGGGCUGACAAGAUUCAUGGUCAAACAAUACCAAGUGAUGGAGACAUUUUCACUUAUACAAGACGUGAACCUAUUGGAGUGUGUGGCCAAAUCAUCCCCUGGAAUUUUCCAAUGCUCAUGUUCAUUUGGAAGAUAGGCCCUGCCCUUAGCUGUGGGAAUACCGUGGUUGUCAAGCCAGCAGAGCAAACUCCUCUCACGGCUCUUCACCUGGCAUCUUUAAUAAAAGAGGCAGGGUUUCCUCCUGGCGUGGUAAACAUUGUCCCUGGUUAUGGGCCAACUGCAGGGGCAGCCAUCUCCUCUCACAUGGAUGUCGACAAGGUGGCCUUCACUGGAUCAACACAGGUUGGCAAGUUAAUCAAGGAAGCUGCAGGGAAAAGCAAUCUGAAGAGAGUCACCCUGGAGCUGGGGGGAAAGAGCCCUUGCAUUGUGUUUGCAGAUGCCGACUUGGACAUUGCUGUUGAGUUUGCACACCAUGGAGUGUUUUAUCAUCAAGGCCAAUGUUGUGUCGCAGCAUCCCGGAUUUUUGUUGAGGAGUCAGUUUAUGAUGAGUUUGUGAAAAGGAGUGUUGAGCGAGCUAAGAAAUAUGUUCUUGGAAAUCCUCUGACCCCAGGAAUAAAUCAAGGCCCUCAGAUUGACAAGGAACAACAUGAUAAAAUACUCGAUCUCAUUGAGAGUGGGAAGAAAGAAGGAGCCAAACUGGAGUGUGGUGGAGGACGCUGGGGGAACAAAGGCUUCUUUGUGCAGCCCACAGUGUUCUCCAACGUGACUGAUGAGAUGCGCAUUGCCAAAGAGGAGAUAUUUGGACCAGUGCAACAAAUCAUGAAGUUUAAGUCUGUAGAUGAUGUGAUCAAGAGAGCAAACAAUACUACCUAUGGUUUAGCAGCAGGACUCUUCACUAAAGACCUGGAUAAGGCCAUCACUGUGUCAUCUGCUCUGCAGGCUGGGGUGGUGUGGGUUAACUGCUAUAUGAUGUUGUCAGCCCAGUGCCCCUUCGGUGGAUUCAAGAUGUCUGGAAAUGGAAGAGAACUGGGUGAACAUGGUCUUUAUGAAUACACUGAGCUCAAGACAGUCGCAAUGAAGAUAUCUCAGAAGAACUCCUAAAGAAGCCAGCAGAGUAAAGAGAAACUCUCAGCAGUGGCUACACAUCUCCUAUAGUAACCAGCAUAGUCGUGUUUUAUUAUAAUUUCUUCUCCAGUUGAUUUCUUAAGCAAAAGGAAUUCAUCAGUGUUACUGUCACUCAUAAAAAACAUGUGGCUUAAUCCAACAGAUUCAUUCACCUUCUAAUAUGUGACCCCAGUUCUUAUCCAAGAAUAGAAGGAUAGAUAUAAGCGCAAGCUCUCUGUAACUCCGUCAUGACCAGGUGCUUUCCAUUGUAGCUACUUAUCUAACAUACUCAUUUGGUGAGGAGGACUAGUUGUGACUUAAGCUCUGUCCCUCAGUGACUCCUUGAAGUACUCACCACACAUAAUGACUGCAGAGUCAGCUGCUCUGUUCCCCAGGUGUUGUGAAAUAUUUUCUAGAAUGUCAUGCCUGCUUGUCAAAUGAAAUGCCUAGCUGUAAUUAGAACGCAAAGCUUAAUAAAGGCACCCUUGCAUGAU